CACUUCUGCAGGUGUCGCGUCGCAACAGAGAGGCUUCAGCUGUCACUCCGAAAUAUCCCCUGCCUACCUUCCACGAGUGAUAGCUUGAAAUAGCAAACUCACCCACCAGGCCCAAGUCUAUUUAGUUUUGUCCUUUUCCGAAACCUCAACCACCUUUCAUCGUCAAGACAAACCCGACGACCGAUCACUACGCGACACAGGCACUUCAUACAAGCCACUCUGAAUACCAUAGCCCACCAUGUUGAUCAAAGUCCGAACGUUGACGGGCAAGGAGCUCGAGCUCGACAUUGAGCCUGACUACACAAUCUCUCAAGUCAAGGAGAAAGUCGAGGAGAAGGAAGGCAUCCCGCCCGUCCAGCAGCGCCUGAUUUACGGAGGCAAGCAAAUGGUCGACGACAAGACCGCGGAAGACUAUGGAUUGGAGGGCGGUGCCACCCUUCAUCUUGUCUUGGCCCUUAGAGGGGGGCGAUGGUUUGCCGUUGAGCUCCCGCAGGCCUCGUCUCUGUAACUGAAGCGCGCGUGCGAGGAGGACAAAGUAAACGAAGGAGAGUGGAGUGUUGGAGAGUGGGAGUGGGAGAGGCAGUAGUGAUGUUGAGCUUGGUAGUCUAGGAGGGGGGAUUUCACGGUUGCCCCAGCUAGACAAACCGAGGCAAGGUUGCGGGAUCUGGCUACUAGGUGCGGGAGGAAGCGUUCACUGAUUUCCGAGCUCAUAGCGAGUGGGAGGUAGGGAUUGAUUUACAGGAUGGCAUAGAACCGUCCCCUUCGCGAUCCUUUUCGAAAUUCCAGGUAUCUACGAUCUCACAUAGAGCACGCUGGGGUGGAGAAGGGAUGCUACUAGCAGACACGGUCUAGAUAACGGCUCUCUUAACUACAAACGUGACACCA